AUGAAGCCCGAUAUUGAGCAUUUUAAAGUGUUCGGGUGCAUAGGAUAUGUGCAUGUUCACCGCCAAGGAAGAACCAGGUUAGAUGAACGGCGUCAUAUGUGCAUAUUUCUUGGAGAAAGGAAAAAUGGAAGGAAAUUUGCGUUUGUCAGAUUCAGAAAUGUGGUAGAUGUCAAGGAAUUCGAAGGAAGAUUAAAUGGGAUCAAGUUUCAGAACGUACAACUAGUUGUCAACUUAGAGAAGAACAAACGAAAGCCUCCUGAAAUGACACACGGGUUAAGGAACAAAGAGUCAAGAACCAUGAACAGCAAGUCUGUGGCACAGUGGGGUAUGAGAGAUCACAUAUCAUUUGCAGAAGUUAUCAAACCAACGAGACAAGAACCUAAACCUAGGAAUAUUCCUACACCGAUCAUGAUGAGCAAAGUUCAAUAUAUGAACAAAUACUGGACCAGGAACACCAUAGUGAUUGGCGAGGCAAUUUCUUUGACACACCUGAGCAAUCUCCCUUCCCUCCUGACCAUCAUGGAAGGAGAAGACGUUGAAGUUAAAUAUGUUGGUGGGCUAUAUGUGUUGCUUGAAUUUCAUAACUCGGUGAAUGCCAAGACAUUUAUCAACAUGAGUAGUCGAUGGAAGGACUUAUUGAAAUGGGUAAAACUUGGAGAUGAAGCAGAACUUAGAUUUGAAAGGGUUGCAUGGAUUAGACUCGUUGGUUUCUCGUUGAAGCUAUGGGAUGAUAAGAACUUUGUUGCAAUUGCUAACUCAUUUGGGAAGAUAAUUUGGCCCUGCGAUGAGUUCCCACAUCAUGUAGACAUGUCGUUUCCUAAGAUUGGAAUCUUGACAACAAUCCGGAAAUGUAUCAACGAGGAAAUUACGGAGGACGAGGACGACGACGAUGAAGAUGGUGUUUUUUAUACAUGGUUGCCUAACAAUGAUGAAGACAUUGAAGAUGGUGAGAUUGACCCCAACUCUGAGGAACUAAGGAGUGAUGUCGUCCCUACCCCAUCGAAAAAGCCUGCAAAUAACAAUGAGCUGACAAUUAGAGAAACAAACCAGGUGUGUGAAUCUCCGGCAAUGGAACCUCUGGUGAAAGAAGACCAAAAGUCACAAAGGAUUGGAAAUCACAACAAAUCGGAAGAUGUACAGGCGCCUUGA